AGUAUUCUUGUUGCUUCUGCAACCAAAUGAAAAGCUCCUGUAUUAAUCCCAUCAAGCAACAUGCAGUGUUCGUUGGGAAAUACUUACAACUUUUACAUCUGUCAAGAUAUGUGCUCAUACCUAUGUGGUUGGUCCUGUUCGGCUUGGGCGUUGUCGGUGUUACUCAUAUGUUCGACCACAUGACCAGCGCCCUCGAUUCUCCAGCUGGCUCGCCGUCAUACGCCGCCACUCAGAGGACUUCGGCCCUCUUCCCGCAACAACAAUUUGGUUCUCCCGAGGUCCUUUUAGUAUCGCUUGAUGGAGGUAGCCCAGGUGACCUUUUCACUAACGGUCUGUUGCAUAAUCUCACCGAGACCGUGCGCCAUGCCUUCCCAGCCAACAUGAAGGUUCAAAUUGACGACUAUUUGCAAGCUCAGCAGUCGGGGGAGCCUACAAUCCUGUAUCUCUCGGCUGACAACAGAACAACGAUCUUCACGGUUGCUUUUGACAUUGGUUUGGUCAGUGUCGCACCUCUUGAGGAAGCUGUAGCCGACGCUGUACGUGGGAGCUAUGGCCACCUUGGCCUCUUUGUUGGUUGGGCGGGUAUAGGGGCUUUGGGCGAUGAGUCGGCGAAAGUCACAGAGCUCGAACUGGGUAUAACACACGCUGUUGUGUUGCCUCUCGCCUUCCUCCUUUUAGCAUACUCCUUGAGAUCAUGGCGGCUAUUACUUCUACCAUUGAUAUGUUUGCUUCUGUCGAUUGCCAUCUGUGGAGCUUGCCUGUAUUUAUUAUCACUGUUAAUGCCCGUCAACACAGGUGCUCCGAUAAUGAUGUUCUUUCUCCUCAUGGCCUUGUGUGUCGACUAUUCUCUCAUCCUCCUAACGAGGUUUAGAGAGGAGGUCACAGGAGUGCAUCAAAGGUCGCCCUACGAUGCAUGCAAGGAGAUGCUCGAACACAGUGGCCAUGUGGUCUUCAGCUCAGGCAGCAUUCUGUUCGUAUGUUUUGUCUGGCUUAUGAUCAUACCCAUAGCCCUAUUUAGAAGUAUCGGUCUAGCCCUUCUGAUAUCAGCUCUCUGUGCAGUGUCAGUUAACCUCUCAGUGACCCCAACACUGAUCGUGACCUUUCCAAAGUUCUUUGGUCACUUUGGUGGCAAGAGCUGUUGUCGUUGUUGGUCGUGGUGUCGUUGUCGUCGUCGUGAUGAUCGCUCCGAGGGUCAGUCCCCUCGCGGUCGUCGUCGUCGAAGUGGCCCUGGUUUCUGGUAUAAGUGGGGUAAGCUUAUGACAUCCCGUUGGGCCGCAGUUGCAUCUAUCAUUCUGUUGGUUACCCUGAUAGCGGUAUUUGGGUGGGCGUGCUCUUCCCUCACGAUCACAUCCAAUAUCUCUACGGCUAGUCCAAGGGACUCUCGUGUUGGGAAGACUUCGGAAAGGAUCUCGAUGGCAUUCACACCAGGAAUGAGCGGUCCGUUCAACAUGGUCUUUGAGGCCCCUGGUGGUGACAUAUUCACGGAGAAGUUCUGGACGGCGGGGUUGAACCUGUGCCGGACGAUCGACCAGAAGUUAAUGAAGCAGCACCCUAAGGGAUCUCUAUUGGGCUCGAUGUAUUUGAAAGAACCGGGAAUGCCCGCAACAGAGAUUGACUUCAACCUUGCUAAACUUCUGGUCUCGCCCUCAUGUACUGAUCCCCGCUGUAAGCAGUACCAAGAAGGCUUGAAGAAGUCUAUGAGCCCUGGUCGGAACGCGUUGAAAGUCACCCUCAUAGUCGACGAUGCUCCAACUUCACUACAAGCGUCCAGCUUCACUGAGAGUCUCCGCGAUGUUAUUGAUACUGUUGUCAAAGAGAGCGAUGGGGAGCUCAUAGUCUGGCUCACAGGCAUAUCAGUUUCAUCACAUGAUUCAAUGUCUGCUGUAGUGGAAAGUCUGCCAGCGUUCGCAGCUGCCACGAUCGCUGUUUGUCUCGUCUUGGUUGGUAUUGUCUAUCGUUCGCUACUCAUUGCAGUCCGUGGAGUAAUCACCAUCGCUGUCACUUUGGUCUUCUCAUUCGGCUUUGCGGCAGGGGUGUACUUAAAUGGUUGGUUACAGUUCCUUCAUUGGCCCGCAGUGGCAUCAGAGUCGUCAACAGAUGGUCUCUCAUGGAUUGCCCUUCCUUUGGCCUUCUCUGUCGUCCUUGGGCUCAGUCUGGACUAUGACGUCUUCCUAUUGGGUAGAAUAGUCGAAGAACACGACCGUGGUGCAUCGGACAAGACUUCUGUCAUCAUCGGUGUGUGGAAAGCUGGUAAAGUGGUUGCACUAGCCGGCUGUAUCAUGACUAUAACUUUUUGUGGUCUUCUCUUCUCAUCAACUCCUAUGGUCAAUCAGACCGGCUUCAUAUUGGUAACAGCCAUUAUUCUGGAUGCUUUCUUCAUGCAGGGUGUUGUGACACCAUCACUUGUAUCAUUUUUUGGUAAAGCCAAUUGGUGGCCACGAGGCUGCCCGCCGAUUCACACCCCAGAAGACGAUGUCCUGGCUUGCAGAGAGGACAUAGAUAGUGCUCAGAUCCAAUCUGAUCCUCAAAAUCUCGAAACGCCUAACGUUAAACUAUAGGGCAAUGAUAGGCAUUGGUUUAUCAUCCUUUACGAUUUUUAUUCGUUAUCAUAA